AUGUCAAACGGUGCGGAGGUGUGUGCGGCGCCUGAGUCAGAAGACGCCAUAGUUCGGUCAGGUCUCUAUGGCGUCGUCUUCGUUUUCACUACUGCUGCGCAGUGUCGCCGCAGUAGCCGCUUUGAUGAAAUACUAGUAACCUUUGUCGUCGCCAACGCUCAACACUACCGCGCGUGUAUCAGGUGCUCCUCUAAUUUCAUCUUAGAGAAAAUGCUCACAAUGUCAAGAGCAAUGCAUUUGGAGGAAGGAGCGUUAAACGUCUACGAAACUAAUGAAACCGACUCUGGUUGUGACAUGGAAGAAGAUAGAAGAAAGCCUUGGUCGCAUAUAUCUUACUGGGAGUGCAAUCGCCAUAUCGGCCAUAAGUGGCUACCUGUUCUUUCAUCGGCUCUUGUUGUCCUGAAUGACGAGAACUGCCAACCAGCAGAUGACACAAUUUGGUCUCAACAAGGUCAUCUGUGCUUAGAUCGUCUUGUGCGUUUUUUUACAUCACAAGGGACAAUGUACGAGGACUUUCAUCUAAGUAGAAGGAAAAGUUGUCCAUAUUCAGCAGUCAACUCAUCUCCAACCAAACAGCGUCGAAGACUGUCUCAUGAAGGAAUCCGCCUUCUCCUCCUUCCAAAAGGGCAAAUCCUCUUAACCAAUAAAACACCCGCAACUCCCAUAUUUGUCGCAUCUCCCUGUUUCAUCCAACCUGGUGAUCUAAUUGCCAGUGAUUGGCCGGUGCAUCGAGUUGCUCCAGCCAAUUCUCUAAUAGUGUUUGAUGCGCGGAUUUAUGAGGAUCGAUUAACAGAGGCCAACACAAAUACUUCAUGGCCAGGGAAGUCAUUUUUCAGACCUGUUCUUCAUAUCAGCCUUGGCAAGGGUUGGGGACCCGCCUAUAGACGAACAGACUUUACCCACUGUCCGGCGAGGUUGGAAAUUUGGCUCAAUCUCUCAAUAAUAAAAUCUCAUUCCAAUCAGGGUCGAUGA